CAACGGAUGAGCUCGCCUGCCGGAAGAAGAAAAAAAAAAACGGCAGGCUGGUGGUAGACAAAAUGGACAAGAACGCCAAGGGCAGAAUAAAAGGAUUUGGGAACAGCAAGAUCCCCUCUUCUUUCUUCACCUCGAUUUGCUUCUCGCUUUUCCCCUCCCCCCCAAUUCAAAGAGCAAUCGUGCGGUGAACUCCCCCCCUUCUCUCACCCAACUCCGCAACGAUCAAGCAUUCGCGUCUCACCUCAAACGAGUUGAUCCGCGUAUUCCUUUAGAACGGCGGACAGACUUACUUGGGGGAAAAGCGGAUCCCGGACUCUCACCGUACCUCAUUCCCUCUAUACUUCCGCUCAUCUUGCGUGCGGGUCUGUAAGCUUUCUCAAGUUGACGAUACGCUUUCUCAUCAAACUACACUCCGCUGGCCGGAGAUUGUGUUUUGUACUAUCAGUGAGUACUUUUGUGACAUAACAACCAUAUGGGCACUGUGCAAAACAAGCAGAUGAAAGUGUGUGUGAUCUGUCGAUCCUGGUCGUGGGAAAAAAAAAAGCAGCUUUGUCAGAUGCCAUAAACUGGUUGUGAAAAACGGACUUUUCUCCCAUUGGCUUGUGCGUUGAUGGGCGCGAUUGCAACAAUGUCUCUUGCUUUUUCCCACGGUCAAUAUGGUUCCAUGGUUGUUGGCUGGAUCGCUUGAUUGCUGGCUCCCUCGGUUUGAACGCAACCCCACGCGCUCCAUUUGGCACAUGACGUCACUGGAUACUUUUGGCGGGCACCAACCGGAUCCAAUGUGAGGUUCCAAUCGUGUUCCAUUGCCAAAAAAAAUGAUCGGCCCCCCGAUGCGGCUGUGCCUUCUCAACGGCCCCUUCCGAGUUGGGUGCUUGGCGGUUUUCUCUUACCCUUCCCCCCUCGUCCGCCAAGAACCACCCCUCAAAGACAAUCAAGGCCGUCGCGAGCUCCUUGCAACUCUUGUACUUGUUGCUGGCUUGAAAGGUGCAUCCAAAUUCUCGCCGCAGAGCAUUUAAACGGCGAGCUACUAUUUUUGGAUACGCCGCGACGGACGGUUGUGAAACUGUAUUUUUUGCACGAGGGUCUCGGAUAUCAUCAACUUUGGGCGCGCAAACCGUCCACGGAUUUCCUGGCCCGCAGCAAGAGCUUACUCGGGCCGCCUCGACCUGGCCCCUUGUGUUCCUAUCGGCGUUGGCAUAUGCGCCCCCUCUUUGCCUUUUCGCCUCUGUACAUAGUGCUUGUAUAUCUGCUGCGAAUCUGCAACGUUCCCAAACGUCAAUCUGCCUCGGUGCUUUUGCUCUCUUGUACAUUCUCCUCGAGCCCCGGCAGCCAGCGAUCCUGCCCAACCCAGCCCAUUGGAACCUACUUGCGUGGGAUCAUUGGGAACCCAGCUCACAGCACCCCUGCCAACAACGUUGCCGUCACAAGAGACACUAUCUAACGUCUUUUGUGUUCUUUUGGUCAGGUCUUUACAUAGAUUCGUUUCUAGUUCGGACGCCCAUUGGCACCCGGCAUACAUAGACUUGUACAUAACCUGUUAGAUUUUAUUUACUGAUUCAACGAUAUGGAGGCUCUGCGACAAUACCUCGCACAAGUCCCUUGGAAGCCAAUCUUCCAGCGGUUACCUGGACUAUGGUUGCUUUGCAUGCUCCCAUUCGCCUUCCUAGGUCCCGUGUACGCGCCUGUGCUCUUUGGGCUGUACUACUUUGCCCUCCAUCUUGCAUUUUUGGUGAAUAAUGCGCGUUCAGCCUACGGAAUGUAUAUCGCUUACACAAAUGCGAAACUGUACUCGAUCACGGACUGGCUUCAAAAGUAUUGCCAGGAGACUGGAACUGUGGACGGAAACGACACUCGUCACGACCUCCCCUUCGAACAGGUGAUCCACGUUGUCAUCUUGCCCAACUACAAGGAAGAGAUGGAUACCCUUUGUGAGACGCUUGAUGUGCUUGCUAGUCACACUCGGGCCGUCUCCCAGUACAAGAUCUGUUUGGCAAUGGAGGAGAGCGAAAAGGGCAGCGUGGAAAAGGCCCAAACACUCAUGAAGAUGUACGCCGAUUCCUUCUACGAAAUCACUUACACUGUUCACCCUCUUGGUCGUCCUGGUGAAAUCCGUGGUAAAUCCAGUAACGUUGCUUGGGCUGCGUCCCAAAUGGCGCUUCGCAGCGGUGGUGGCCUUGCCGGUCGUCACGAGCACGAGAUCAUCACAGUUAUGGAUGCCGAUACCUGCUUUGCUGAAGAUUAUUUCAGUGCGGUUACCUUCCACUACACUACUGCUUCCCCUGAACAACGCAGGAUCAUGAUGUUUGCUCCAUGCACUGUGUUUGAUCGCAACUCCAAGAAUGUUCCCGUUUUUGUCCGUGUCACCGACAUGUUCUGGUCUAUUGGCGUCAUUUCCAACCUUUACCCAUCCUCUUCUGUCAAAAUCCCCUGUUCUGCAUAUUCUGUCUCGAUGGAUCUCGCUCUCGCUGUCAACUUUUGGGAUGCUGGGCCAGAAGCCAUUGGAGAGGACAUGCACAUGUACCUCAAGUGUUUCUUUGCCACAGAAGGACGCGUGAUUGUCAAGUCUAUCUUCUCUCCUGCCUCUCAAUGUAACGUUGAGGGCACUGGAUCCGGAGUCUCUGGCUACGUCAGUGGUCUGAAGGCUCGUUACGAUCAGGCCAAGCGUCACUUGUGGGGAUCCCUCGACACUGGUUAUGCUUUGCGUCGUACACUGAUGGGCAUGAUUGCUCCUGGGUACGAAGCAACGAUUCCCUUGAAGAAUGCCAACGUUAACAAAUACGGAAAGGAAGAGACGCCAAAGCUCAAGUAUGAACCCUUGGUCAUCAUGGAGCUUCUUCACCGUCUCUUGGAGUCCCACAUCUUGAUGGGUCACUUGUUUGUCCUUAUUGUCACUUCGGCGUUGAUCUUACCCAUCCGCUCCUCGUUUUCGUACUCUGUUGCCACAUUCUUCUGGGGAUACCUCUCCAGUGAUCCUGUACACCCCUACGUCGAACUUGCCUUGAACGUGUCGUUCUGGACACGUAUGACGAUUGUUAUUCCUAACGUGAUCAUGAUCUGGUACUAUGAAAAGUACCAUCAGUGGGUUGGCUUCGAACGAUGGGCUUUGCAGGAGGCUCAGAUGCGUGAAUCCCAGACGUUGAAGGUUGGCGAAGCACGACGAGUGGACUCUGCAACGGACCUCAGCGGGGAAACGAUGGGCCAUGUAAAGAUUGCAUCUUCACAUGCUCACCUCCGCGUGCAACACCUUGGCAAGCGUGCCCAACUGUCUAGCGAGCGACGUUACCCGCGGAACCUGUUUGACUGGUUCACUAUUCCAGUCGCUGGUUUCCUGUUUUACGUCAUGCCCCAGUUCCACGCCCAAAUCUGCCAUUUGUUCACCGAACGUCUUGACUACAAGGUUGCAGCCAAACCUCAACUUGCCAAACCCGCGCAAAAUGCAACAAACGUGUCAAUGAUUUCGCCUGCGCCACUAUCGGAAGUGAUUGCAACUGUUGUGCCUGACAUGAAAAGCCCAACAGGUGCUGUACCGCUAAGUGUGCUUAUGAGCGCCAAAAUGAUGGGACGGGUUGUAGAAGCGGAUGCGAAAAGUGUCCGAAGCACGACAAGUAGUAAAGGUGAUGAAGGGUUUUUUGAAGAGUUUGUAGGAGUGGAGCGAACAGCGAGCAUAAUGGUGUAAAUUGGGUUAAUUGGGGUAUUUGGAACAUAAUAAUCUGGGAACUGCUCGCUUGCACGGUUAGGAAGGGUAGCAUUUUUUUUAUACAGUUCAAUCAGGUGCAAAUCUUGUAAAAUGAUUUUGCUAGUUGGAAUUUUUUAAUAUGUAAUCUUGUUGCACAGGA